CUUUGAAACGUAUGCUGAACUUCAAUGUUCCUCCCGUUAAAAACAGCACAGGAGAACCAGUAUGGAAGGUUCUCAUUUAUGACAGGUUUGGCCAAGAUAUAAUCUCACCUUUGCUGUCAGUGAAAGAGCUGAGAGAUAUGGGAAUCACUUUGCAUCUGCUUUUGCAUUCGGAUCGGGAUGCUAUUCCAGAUGUUCCAGCCGUUUACUUCGUAAUGCCAACAGAAGAAAAUAUUGACAGAAUGUGCCAGGACCUUCGAAACCAGCUUUAUGAAUCUUACUAUUUAAACUUUAUUUCCGCCAUUUCGAGAAGUAAACUGGAAGAUAUUGCAAAUGCUGCCAUAGGUGCUAAUGCAGUAACUCAAGUGGCAAAGGUGUUUGAUCAAUAUCUUAAUUUUAUUACUUUAGAAGAUGACAUGUUCGUAUUGUGUAACCAAAACAAAGAACUUGUUUCUUACCGUGCCAUUAACCGACCAGAUAUAACGGACACAGAAAUGGAAACUAUAAUGGACACUAUUGUUGAUAGUCUCUUCUGUUUUUUUGUCACACUUGGAGCUAUACCUAUAAUCAGAUGCUCAAGAGGAACUGCAGCUGAAAUGGUGGCAGUGAAAUUAGAUAAGAAGCUCAGAGAGAAUCUAAGAGAUGCCAGAAACAGUCUUUUUACAGGUGAUACACUUGGAGCUGGCCAGUUCAGCUUCCAAAGGCCUCUAUUAGUGCUUGUUGACAGAAACAUAGAUUUAGCAACUCCUCUACAUCAUUCUUGGACAUACCAAGCUUUAGUGCAUGAUGUUCUGGAUUUCCAUUUGAAUAGAGUUAACUUGGAAGAAUCAGCAGGAACAGAAAGCUCUCCAGCAGGUGCUAGACCUAAGAAAAAAAAUAAGAAGUCCUAUGAUUUAACCGCAUCGGAUAAAUUCUGGCAAAAGCAUAAGGGCAGUCCUUUUCCAGAGGUAGCUGAGUCUGUUCAACAAGAGCUGGAGUCCUACAGAGCCCAAGAAGAUGAAGUCAAAAGACUUAAAGGUAUCAUGGGUAUAGAAGGGGAGGAUGAAGGAGCAAUAAGUAUGCUUUCUGAUAAUACAGCGAAGCUGACUUCAGCUGUCAGCUCUCUUCCAGAACUUCUGGAAAAGAAGAGGCUGAUUGAUCUUCACACAAAUGUUGCAACAGCCGUUUUGGAGCAUAUAAAGAGUCGAAAGCUGGAUGUGUACUUUGAAUAUGAGGAAAAAAUAAUGAGCAAAUCCACUCUGGAUAAAUCUCUUCUGGACGUGAUUUCUGACCCAGAUGCAGGAACUCCAGAAGACAAAAUGAGAUUAUUUCUUAUCUAUUACAUAAGUUCAGCUCAGGCACCUUCAGAGAUUGAUUUGGAGCAGUAUAAAAAAGCCUUGAUGGAUGCAGGUUGUAAUCUUGCUCCUUUGAACUACAUAAAGCAAUGGAAGGCUUUCACUAAGAUGGCUUCAGCUCCAACCAGCUACGGAAACACUACGCCUAAACCUUUGGGUCUUUUUUCACGUGUUAUGAAUACAGGAUCACAGUUUGUAAUGGAAGGAGUGAAGAACAUGGUACUGAAGCAACAAAAUCUGCCAGUGACACGGAUAUUGGACAACCUCAUGGAGAUGAAGUCAAACCCUGAGACGGAUGACUACCGGUAUUUUGACCCCAAGAUGCUACGAGGCAGUGACAGGCACAUGGUGAUACAGGAAAAGAGGUUUCUCCCCUUCUCCCAGCUCCCUCCCUGUGGCCAGGAUUGCAUAUUGACCUGGAGAGGAAGAGUCUGCACCACCCAAACUGUAACUUACCUCUUCCUCGUUAAAGCAUGUUAAUGCUGAGAUUGCAGUGACACCCGACAGCAGAACACAUGCCUGCUGCCCCUGGUAGUUUUUGAGAUGGAGGCAUCAGUAAGUAUGUAGGCAGGCACUGGAAGGGGACUGGCUUACCCAGUCAGGAUUCCAGUCAGCAGGAUUGGUAAGUGUCACAAACUGGGCUAAUGGUGAUGAAAUGUUCUUCUCAUUGUAUUUGCUCCCGGCCAGCGCUGCUCCCGUUACAGCUUCAGGUAGAAUGAAUGGUUGGUCAGAACAAAUCCUUUAAACAAAAUACUUGGAGAGUGAAUGCAGAAAAGCAAUUAAUUUUCUAUGUUAUAUAUUUUUCUAAUAUUACAUAGUAUUCUAUAAACAUGUAAAUGAUGCUUAUUUUGCAUAUUAAUAUUAAUGCCUAAUAAAAUCU